AUGAAUAUCAUAAAACAAGCGAAAGCCAAGAACAUUUUCUUACUAGAGAAGCCCGUCAAUACAUUCAUACGACGGGUGGGUGCAGAACAGUCCAAAAGUUCAGGGCCAUUGUUGAGAUGCAUAGAUUUGUUGAUCAAUCAACAUCAACCUGAGUUGAUAAAAAAGUAUAGGAUAGAGCCUAUCGAUGAUCAAUAUGAGUUGAAACAACGCAUUUGGGAUAAGUUAAAGCUACGACGAACGGACCAAGAUCCUGUGUUAGUGAAACGGAUGAAAUAUAAGCCAAGCGAUGUACUAUACACAAAGGAAUACAACAAUUUCAUAAAGGAAAUCUACCCAGUCAAUGAUGAUCCAUUUCAGUCAGCAACGGCACCGCUAGAUUUGAAGCAUAAUGCUACAAAGUACCAGGGAAUCAACCAUGAGCAUGCAUUCAAAAGGUAUUUGGAUUUACCUAAACCAGCACCACAAUUCUUACCUCCCUCAAUAUUGCAAACAUUUAUAAACAAAUACGUUUUGAGGUAUAGGCAGUUUGCCAAUAGAAACGUCCUUGAAGGAUGCAUGUUAAGAGAUGACACCAAUGGUUUAUCGAGUGCCAUACGCAAAGAAAAUUCUAGGAGAUAUGAAUACCUCAAUCUGUGUCAAUUUAUCUUGAAUGACUUGAAACAAGUAGGGUUUGAACUCACGCAACAGGAACAAGUGCGCAUGAUUUACUUGUCUUAUUUCAAAGAUAGAAAGGAUAUAAUAUCUCAACUUGGUGAAGACAAAGACUUGGGAUAUAGUCGAUUUACAUUUGCAGAGUAUGAUCUGAUUUUGGCCACUUUUGGCGACCGAAGGGAUUUACUAGGGGUCCUACUUCUUUUAGCUAUCAGACAUGACCAAUUCGAUAUCAUAAGUGAUAUCUUACCCAAGGUUGGAUUAGGAGGAAUUAUAGGUGUCGAGAAUAAGAGCGACUUGAAGGUGAUUGACAUCUCCCUUAUUAACUUACUCGGAUACUUCAAUACCUUUAUCGAUAGACCUGAGUAUAUCCAGUACCUCGCGAAUACCAUUGAAGUAUUGAAUCAGAUACCUGUCAUUACUAAUGAGAUUGUUGAUGGGUUAAUCAAGGUAUUGACAGACUUGGAUUUGAUCAAACAUGCGGAAAUAUUAUUUGAGACAGCCUAUUUUCAACCUGCUUACACCAAUGAAGACAGUGAGAUUCUCACUGAAUGGCGCUACAUUUAUACCAAAUUGAAAGGCAUGACUCAAAACGAAUCGGUUUUUUACAAGUUAUCGCCAAACCAUUAUUCUUUCUUGACCUUGUUUCAAGGUUAUUGUCGUGGACAAUCGUUUGACAAAAUCAGACAUUUGAUGCAUGUUAUGGACAACUUAACUAAGCAAAGAAUGAGCACGAAGAUGUAUUUUGAUAUCUUUAAAAGCUUCAAGAACAGGAACGAUUGGCCACUUAAAGAUUUGAAUUUUAUAUUGACCCGCUUAAUCAAUGAGAUUGAUUCAAGCAAGGACAAUGAUGACCUCGAUGCUCUCAAACUUCUUUCCAGAAUGGGUCUUUUGGAGAAUAGUUUCGCUAUGGAAGAUCAAUGGGACGGUGAAUUUGCUACAACUUAUCACGGUGACUCACCAUUAAGGUUGAGUAAUUUACUCUUGGAAUGUAUAUUUAUGGUCUGUACAAGCAGAUUGUAUCAAAUGGGAGUGACAGCCAAGUUGAGCUCUUUAAAGGAUUUGAAAGUUAGAUGGGAGGCGAUGGUUGAACCAAAGAAGGUUGGCCCAUUCGAAGCAGAUAGACUCUCUUACAUCAACAAAGCAAUUUUGAUGGAAGUGGUGCACAUAAUGGUCUAA